GUACAAAUGAAUAGUAUGGGUAGAAUUUGUGUAUGCAUCAGGAAAUGUUGGUGAUAAAAACAUCUGUGGGCAUGGAAUUUGCAGGUGCGAAUUUUUGCUUGCAAGCAUUUGUUACACAGCAUGUGGACAAAUAUUUGCCUACCUAGUAUUGUGUGCAAAGAAUCAGGAUUCAGAGGUCCUCCCACAAUGUUUUGCCCUUGAUAAAACAGAUAACAAGCAUACGUGAUGCAAGCUUUUGCCUGGUCAUAGGCUUUUUCUAUCCCUGUUGGUUUUAUAAGAGUGACGUCCAUACAGGAUGGCGUGCUCAGCUAAACCUGCACUUCCCUAUUCACAGGAAAUAGUUGGACAAUGCUGCCACCAUGACGGUGCAGACGUGGGUACCAGUCAAGGAUGCUGAGCGGUUCGCCGUGGCCGUCUACAACUUCGUGGGCGCGGGACCGGAACAGAUCCAGUUCUCCAUCGGCGAGACGCUGCACAUUCUGCAGCGAUGCGGAGACUGGUACUACGGCUACACACUGAAGAACAGGGCCUUCCGCGGCAUCUUCCCUCGCGGCUUCGUCCGCAUCAAGAAGUGCAUUGUCGACAAGUCACUCGGCACCGGCGCCGUCAUCCCGCGUGAGAACCCUCUAGUCCACGAGAUCACCUCGGUGCUCAGGGAGUGGGGACAAAUAUGGAAGACGCUGUAUGUGGGCCGCGACGGCCACAUGUCGAAGGUGGCCGACAUGAUGGACGAGCUGAUCCGACACCGGCGCAAGAUCAUCUCAGGCACGCUGCCCACCGACGAGCUGCGGGAGGUCAAGCGACGCGUCACGGCCACCAUCGACCGCGGCAACCUUGUGCUGGGGCUGGACCUGGUGGUGCGCGACGAGCAGGGCAACAUCCUGAACCCGGACGUGAUCUCGGCCGUGCAGCUGUACCGGCAGCACGAGCAAGCCACCCGCCGCCUCAACGAAGGCCUGGGUGACGGUUCGACCACCAGUCAGCAGGGGCCGCAGCACAACAGCCACUGCCUGUACGUGACGGUGCGCAACUGCGUGUGCCGCCUGGACGAGGACGCCGAGAUCAUACUGUUCCUGUACGACGCCGCUGCUGACCAGGUUCUGACGGAGAACUACGUGGUGAGCUGGAAGGAGGGUUUGGAGAAGAAUAUAGAGCAGCUGAGCAGUCUGCGUGUCCUCUUCACGGACCUGAGCAACGGCGACAUCGCCCUGCCGCGCCUCUUCCUGGCCGGCUUCGUGGUCAAGGUGGGCACCUCGGCCCGCCAGGAGAUGACCACUGCCCGCCGCUCUAUGCAGGCCUCGCACAAGCCGACCAAGAAGGCGGUGGAGAUGUGCCGCCGGCCGUGCGGCGCCGUGGCGUUCGAGCUGUCGCCGUUCUUCAGCGGCCAGCACACGGACGAGGACGGCGUCGAUCGGUUCAUGCCGCUGAUACCUUGCGGUGACAAGGACAACAGUCUGGAGGACUCGCUGCGGCGGCUGGUCGGCGGCGUCUCCGUCCGAGACCACAAGGGCCAGGGACUCUGGAUCACCUUCCGCCUCCUGCCCGGCGACAAGGAACAGCACCCCCACCAGGCCAAGAUGGCGCUGGCGCGGCGGCGCGGCUUCCCGGACGUGAUCCUGCCGACGGACGGACGGAACGACCUCUACCUGACGCUAGUGGGCGGCGAGUUCAGCCGCGGCAACAAGGUGCAAGACCGCAACGUCGAGGUCACCAUGCGGGUCUGCGACGUGGACGGCAGCGUGAUGACGGGCGCGAUCGAGGCAGGCGCCGGCUGUGAGCCGUUGGAGGAGUACCGCUCGGUGGUGUACUGGCACGAAAGCCGACCCCGCUGGGCCGAGAACGUCAAGGUGGUGCUGCCGGUCGGCGGCGACUGCACCAGCCACCUGCGCUUCACAUUCAAACAUAGGUCAAACAACGAGGUCAAGGACAAGACGGAAAAGCCGUUCGGUCUGGCGUACGUGAAUCUGAUUCAGAAGAACGGCACCACCUUGAAGAACACUCGCCACGAGCUCAAUGUGUACAAGGUGGACGCCAAGCGGUUCGACGAGGGCGACGUCAGCUACCUGACGCUGCCGGCGCUGCGCAGCGAGCUGGUGGACGGCACGCGACCCGGCUCCGGCCCGUUCCUGCUCAGCCUGCGGGACUCGUUCUCACUGCAGUCGCUCACCUGCUCGACCAAGCUCACUCAGAACGUGGACCUGCUGGGCCUGCUGAAGUGGUCCUCGGAGCCAGCGAAGCUGAGGGAGCGCCUCAGCCUGCUGCAUCGGAUCGACAAGGAGGAGAUCGUCAAGUUCCUGCGCGACAGCCUGGACGCCCUGUUCCACAUCCUGAUCGAACACGAACAGGACCACGAGUACGACGUGGACGUGUUCAACGCGCUGGUGACCAUCAUCUCGUCAGUGGCGACGGAGCGGCGUUACCAGCACUUCCAGCCGGUGCUCGAGGCGUACCUCCAGAGUGCCUUCAGCGCCACCAUGGUGCACAGGAAGCUGAUCGGCGUGCUGCAGGGCUACCUGGACACAGUGAACCAGGCCGAGUCGCAGCUGCGGCUGACGUCGGCGCUGCCCUGCCUCCGCUACGUCUUCAAGUUCAUCAUCAAGUCCCGGCAGCUGUACAUCAAGAUGAACGGCAGCGACGACGACGGCAUGUUCGAGGCGUCGAUCCAGCACCUCCUGCGCUCCUUCAACAGCCUCAUGAUGGCCAAGGGCCCCCGGAUCGAAGACGUGCAGAACAGCGUGCUGCUGUACCUGCCGUCCACCAUGGAUGACCUCAUCACCGUCUGCGAUCCAGUGCAGCUGAGCCAGACGGUGGCGGAGCUGGUGGCGAUGCUGACCAGUCGGCUGACGCAGCAGCGGCUGGCCGUCAUCAGCCGACUGGUGCACAGUCAGCUGUUCGUGCGCCACGAGUGUCGACACGUGCUGCUGCCGGAGGUGGGGCGCGCCAUCGGCCAGAUGUUCGACCUGCAGCAGCAUCAGGACUCCCGUGUCAUGACCACGCUCAAACGCAAGGGCAAGUCCAGCGCCAAACUGGCCAAGCUGUUCGGCGAGCAGCACGCCGAGGAGCUGGGCCUCGACAAGGCCAACGUGGACCUGAAGCGCACCACCGAGGAGCUGCGGCUGUGCAUCGACAUCUUGGCGGACGUGCUGGACGUGCUGUGGCGGCAACGGGCGGGCGCCUCGGCCGACGUCGGUGUCGUCGUGCUGCAGCUGCUGCGCAAGGUCAUCCAGACGGUGAUCGGCGUCGACCGCGACAGCACGCUCGUGGGCAGUCUGGUGGCCGUGCUGGUCUCGAUGCUGCGUCAGAUGGAGAUGAACCACUACGAGCAGUACAUGGCGCAGUUCUCGGACGUCACCGACCAGCUGCACUUUAUCAUCGAGAUCCUGCUGGUGUUGCGCGACCUGGUCUCCAAGUGUGUCUACCCGCCCGACUGGUGCGAGAUGGUCAUGCUCCAGAACAGCGUCAUCCUGAAGGCGCUGCGACUCUUCAGCCACACCAUCCGCGACCGCUUCCUGGACCCGUUCGAGACCCAGAUCUGGAACAACUUCUUCCACUGCGCCAUCUCGUUCCUGACACAGAACCCGCUUCAGCUGGAGAACUUCACGGCCACCAAGCGGUCCCGGUUGCUGGCGCGCUACAAGGACAUGCGCAAGAGCACGGCCCAGGAGAUCUGCACCAUGUGGAUCAGUCUGGGCCAGCACAAGAUCUCGUUCGUGCCGUCGCUGGUGGGGCCGUUCCUGGAGAUGACGCUCGUGCCGGACCCGGAGCUGCGGGCCAUGACCAUCCCGCUGUUCUUCGACAUGAUGCAGUGCGAGUUCUACGCGCCCGUGCGGCCCGACGCCCAGUACAACGACACCAAGCGCCAGACCGUCGCCAGCAAGUGCAAUUUCAAGGAGUUUGAGUGUGAGAUGAUCAACAAGCUGGACCACCUGGUGGAGGGCGGUCGCGGCGACGGCUACUACUUGGAGGUGUUCCGCAAGAAGAUGUUGGACCUGUGCGAGCACCACAGCUCCAUGCGAGAGCAGGGUGUGCGGUUCGUGAACAUGGUGACGCGGCUGAUGGAGCGCCUGCUGGAGUACCGCUCCAUCAUGCGCGACGAGAACGAAGAGAACAAGAUGAGCUGCACUGUCAUCCUGCUGCACUUCUACAGCGAGAUCGGCUGCCAGGAGAUGUACAUUCGCUACCUGCACAAGCUGUGCACGCUGCACCUGGCCGCCGACAAAUUCAUCGAGGCCGGCUUCACGCUGAAGCUACACGCCAAGGCGCUGCAGUGGUCGGACGAGCCGCUGCCCUCGCUGCUGCGCCACCGCACCUACGCACACCUGGAGACGCACCGCGCCAUGAAGGAGGCGCUCUACUACGACAUCAUCAUGUACUUCGACAAGGGAAACCUGUGGGAGGCGGCGCUGGAGCUGUGCAAGGAGCUGGUGCGCCAGUACGAGGAGCAAACAUUCGACUACCAACAGCUGAGCGAGCUGCUGAAGCGCAUGUCGCGGCUCUACGACAAGAUCCUGCACGAGAUUCGGCCGAUGCCCGGGUACUUCCGCGUCGCCUUCUGCGGUCGGGGAUUCCCGGCCUUUCUGCAGAACAAGGUGUUCGUGUACCGGGGCCGCGAGUACGAGCGCCUGACAGACUUCAGCGCCCGGAUCCAGUGCCUGUUCCCCAAGGCGGAGCUGAUGGCGAGCCUGGCUCCGCCGGGGCCCGAGACCACCGAGUCGCUGCAGCAGUACUUGCAGAUCAACAGCGUCGACCCUGACAUGGAGAGCAACAAGCGCUUCUCGGGCAAGCCGGUCACCGAGAAGAUCCUGCAGUACUACCGGAUAAACGACGUGGACAGAUUCGUGUACUCGCGACCGAUCCGGAGAACGCCCAAGGACCCGGACAACCCGUUCGCCAGUCUGUGGCUGGAGCGGACCGUGAUGCGCACGGCGUCCAAACUGCCGG